GCAGCCACAGCUUCAGACACCACAUGUACUCUUGGCAGAAAGCACACUGCAGUGGCAGGCUGCACAUAAAUCACUUUUUUUCCUCCAUAACCUGAAAGAGCAGUUCACAGUUUUGACUUCACUAACCAUGGCAUUGUGGAUCUUCAGAAAAGAUGGUUGUCUGGGACCUAAAGUCUACUCUGAGGUCCCAGAUGGAGGCUGGGGUUGGAUUGUGGCUGUGGCCUUUUUUCUUGUGGAGGUCUUCACCUAUGGGGUCAUCAAAAGCUUUGGCAUUUUCCUAAGGGAUCUUACGUCCGAGUUUAAUGAGAGCAACAGUCGAGUUUCAUGGAUUAUCUCAAUAUGCGUGUUUGUAAUGACUUUCACAGCACCGCUGUCAACUGUGCUGAGUAAUCACUUUGGCUUCCAGCCCGUCGUGAUACUUGGAGGAUUCCUCAUUUCCCUGGGAACAAUUUCCACCGCGUUCACCAGCUACAUCAGUCAGAUUUACAUCACUAUCGGGAUUGUUGCUGGAUUGGGCUACUGCUUAACAUUUCUCCCCACUGUCACAAUCCUGUCCCAGUACUUCAGUAAACGUCGCUCCCUGGUGACUGCUAUGGCCUCCACAGGAGAAUCCUUUGCAAUAUUUGUUUUUGCACCUGCGUUCACAGCACUUAAGACACAAAUUGGUUGGAGACACACAAUGGUGGUGCUUGGGACAUUACAAGGUACAAUUGUUAUCUGUGGACUUCUGCUUCGCCCCUUGAUUAUCAAGCCUAAGACUUCUAAUGAGUCUUUCACCCAACCUCUGAAAUCCACAAAGCAGGAGAUCAUUUACUCUGACCCUGAUUCCGAGCUCCAUGGUUCUUGUAGCUCUGGAGGUGCGCAGUCACUGGAGCAGCCAGAACAGAGCCUUAAAGUGGUGGGACAGCAAAAAGAGGUCGACCCCUUUCAGAUAACUCAAGGCCAACAGGACCAGAGCCAAGAGGAGCCAAGUAGAAGCAAACUCCUGGACCUAACAGUGCUAAAGGAAUGCAGCUUUGUGUGUUAUGCUGCAUUCGGUCUCUUUGCAACACUUGGCUUCUUUGCCCCGCAGCUCUAUGUGGUGGAGCUUAGCGCCAACAGGGAUACUGAAAGGGACAAGGCAGCCUACAUGCUAUCAAUAAUGGCUGUGGCGGAGAUCUUUGGACGUCUCUCUAUUGGCUGGAUUCUAAGCUGGGGCCGCAUGAGGAAGAUAUUUGUCCUGCUUGGAUGUGUGAUGAUGAUGUGUCUGGUCCUUGUGCUUUUUACUGUAGUCAAUGGUUUCUGGGGGCUGGUAGUCUGCUGCGUGCUCUAUGGCUUCUUGUUAGGCAAUAUUGCAUCUACACACAUACCCAUGCUGGCUGAGGAUGAUGUGGUGGGCAUCAAGAGAAUGCCCUUAGCUGUGGGCGUUUAUGUCUGCAUCCAGAGCUUUGCGGGGCUUGCUGGACCACCUUUAGGAGGUGUUUUGGUGGAUAUUACUCAAGAUUACAGCUCGGCCUUCUACUCCUCUGCUGCGGGAAUGGGGUUAGGAGCUCUUUUUCUUGGGCUGGUACGUCCAGCGAAGACAGGUCACCUGUGCACAAAGAAGUGUUUCAGCCCUUGCCAGGACAUCCCUGUAGUUGAGCAUGUGAGUGAGGAUAAAGUUAUGCCAGAGGAAUUCCAAGAGGUGAACAUUCUCUCCAACCCACAAGGUCAGUCUUGAAGAAAGCUGUCUUCUCUGUGGACUUAGUUGGGACUUGGGAACCUAUCAGAUGUGUGAAUGGCCGAUCAUGGAACAGCUUUAAACUGGACAACAGUUUAAGGCAGUGGGUAAACUUCAACAAUAACUUCUUAAACAGCAAUUGCUUCAGAUGAAUAGACAGAAACAGCAAGGUGGGGUUACCUUGUUUUCACACCUGUAAAUUAUACAAAAAAUUGCCUUAAAGAGAGGGGUAAGUUCAAACAACCAUGACAACAGAAGCCUGAGCCUGAGCCUAGACACAUCACACUGACCUCUGUAUUCAUCCACAUAAGUUUCUAGUUACAAUUCUGGAUGGACAUGGAAUUAGAACUUUAACCACUCUGGCCUUAACACACAAUUGAUGGCUCGAAUCAGCUCAAAAUCUCCUGUGCACUAAAAUCAGAACUUUCUAAUGACAUAAAUUUGAUCAGUUAAAGCUCUGAAGUAUCACUGCAGGUUUCCUGCUCUUCCACAUAUCUGAUCCAUGUCAUCAAACUCUCCAGGAGUUGAAUCAAGUGUGUUAGUGCAAGGAGAAUACCUUUUCAUAGGUUUCUAAUAGGAUGAGUAUUGAAAGACUGAAGUAAAUCUAUCCAAAUGUUAAAUGGAUUAUCAUUUUCUAAUUUAAAAGGAACCUUUUUUUUUUUUUUUUAAACUAACAGUUUUUGUCACUUCAAGGCGAAAUCUCCAGAGGUAAGACACAGUGCAAAAAUAUGUUCCAGACUUCUGUAGGGGAAUAAAUCGCAGCAAAAUUGUUUUCUAAAAUUUGAACAUGCUUUAAUGAAGCAAUGCAGCAUACUCUAACAGUUUUGCUAUUAUUUGCACGCUAUGGUGAAGUCUGAAUAGGGGCAAAGGCCAAUUUUUAUCAGCAAAAUAGGAUUUGUAAAUGUGCAAAAUGUUAGUAAAUCUGCCCCAUAAUGUUUGUUACACCUGAGAGUAUUAUGUUUCCAUGUUGUUUACAGGCAUAGGAGCUAAAACCAUCAAAGCCAGAAUACAAAAUAUUAAAUUAACAGACAAGUCACUGUGGUGACUGCUUCAUAAGCAUUUCACUUGAUUAAAAACAAUUUCUGAAACUCUGAAAACUAGGAAAAUUGGCUUUUAUCAGGAAUGUCAGAUAAAUUUCUGGAACUUUUACUACAGCAACAGGAACCUGCUGUGAUACAAUAAAGACUUUCUGAAAUUACACAACCAAUCACUUUUUGAGUAGCAACUUAAUUUUAUAUAAGCUCAGCUGUGAAUGAGCAAAAUUAAGUAUGUUAAACAUGAGGCUUUUUACACCUUGCAUUAACAUGCAUUCGAUAUCUGGAUCGAACUUUGGCCAGAUUCCAUUUAAAUUCUCACUAAAAUGCAUCCCAGUUGCGAUCAGAUGAGAUCUGACUGUACUUUUCUUUCAUAAAAAGCACAUCAACAUGUGUCACUACCAUUUUACUUCUGUUUACUCCCCCCCCCCGUUUAUUUUCUUAGUUGCUAGUCAGCGCUCAGCAGAUGCAUUUCUACUCAUAAUUGUGAACAGAUAAUGAAAAUGCUUUCCAUUUACACAUCUAUUAAAUGCUGUCACAAUCUGUCUCUGACCACCUCCAACUGUGGUUUGAGUGACCAGAUCGUAAUCCAGUUACAAAGCGUCCUAGGUGUGAAGUGAAACCGAAUGGGAUUUGAUCAUUAAAAAUGCAUGUUGAUGCAAGGCCUAAUAGGUAGCUCACAGUGAUCAUUAACAUUAAUACGUCUUGAGGAGUUUGAGGAGUUAAAAUCCAAGAUCUUUAUUAUUUCACACCAAUUAGGGCAUAACUGGGCAUUGGGCGCACAAAUCGGGGAGCAAAUAAACAAGAAAACACACAAGAUAAGUGACUCUCUCCAUGCGACAAUUAAUGAAUUAAUUAACUAAAUUAAUAAGGUAAUUCAUCAAAUAAGUAUUUAGAAACAGAAGAGAAAGCAGAAGGUGAUCAAGGCUGACAGCUUACACAGAAUAAGAGAUCACCACCAAGCAAAAGCUAAAAAUGGACUAAUGAAUGAUUGUAGAAAUGUGAUACCGUAAGAUACAGUUAUCAUAAAAUAACUUAUUGAAGAUAUUACGUGCAGUAUUAGGCUUCCCUUAAUGACCACUUUGACAUUGCAGUGAAUUGAGAUAAAAGGCAAUAGUACAUUGUACAAAAACACAGAGCACUCUUUUAAUCAUUU